ACGGAUAAUGCAACUGCAUGGCUUCGAAUGGGUGCAUGUCAUCGUGAAUUAGGAAAUUUGCAAAGCGCUGUAGAAUUUUAUAAAGCGGCGGUGGAAGAAUUACCUGAUGAUUUGGAUGCUAAAAUGGCUCUUGCUGAAGUAUACGAAGGAUUAGGUGAAAAUGAAAGGGCUCUUGAAAUGGUUAAUUUAGUUCUCGAGCAUCGUAAAUCUAAAAGAGCGACGGAUGAAACAAUACAACCACAACAGGCAUCAACUGCGCAAAAUAGACCUACUGCUCUUGACAUCUAUGAUGUUCCCUCAACAUUUCCGCCAAGCGUUGAUUCAUCUCUAAUUCAUGAAUUGGAAGAAACGAAAGCCAACGCUUUCCAAAGAACACAGGAAGAACAUAAAAGACAACAAGCUGAAAAAGAAAAGGAGACAAAGAUUCAAUUUCAUAGGCUUGAAUUAUUAUAUGCUCGUUUAAGGGCUGGUGACAAAAAAUCUGCUGAAGA